UUCUUCUUCCGGUUAGCGCCGACGAGCACCCUGGGGGACGACACGGAGCUAAAGCUAACUUAUUUUCGUCUACAGACUGCGGUCAAAUGCAAAGAACGACCAGUGUGUGAGGAAUAAGGAAGUAAAGAACAAGACGCUGGGAUUGGGUGUGCUAGUGGUUUUUGUUACAUUGAUAUCCUGCUGCUUGGAGACACCUGCUGCGUGAAGAGCUUCAGAUCAGCUUUACUGGCUGCUCUGGGUGGCAGUGUCACAGAAAUGGACCAGAACAACAGCAUACCGCCCUUCCAGGGGCUGGCCUCCUCUCCGGGUGCCAUGACCCCCGGCAUGCCGAUGUUCAGUCCCAUGAUGCCUUAUGGCUCGGGCCUGACGCCGCAGCCUCUGCAGAACACAAACAGCUUGUCCAUCCUGGAGGAGCAGCAGAGGCAGCAGCAGCAACAGCAACAGCAGCAGCAGCAGCAGCCCAGUGCAGGCCUUCCAGGAACGUCGGGGCAGACGCCUCAGCUGUAUCAUUCCCAGACGGCGGCGGGUUCGACCACCACGGCGCUGCCACCAGGCACCGGGCUCUACAGCACUUCGAUCGGCCCCAUGACCCCGCUGACCCCGGCUACUCCGGCCUCGGAGAGCUCGGGCAUCGUGCCGACGCUGCAAAACAUCGUAUCUACUGUAAAUCUGGGCUGUAAACUGGAUCUGAAGACGAUUGCCCUGAGAGCCAGGAAUGCAGAGUACAACCCCAAACGUUUUGCUGCCGUCAUCAUGAGAAUACGGGAGCCCAGGACCACAGCGCUUAUCUUCAGCUCUGGGAAGAUGGUCUGCACCGGAGCUAAAAGUGAGGAGGAGUCGCGGUUAGCAGCCAGGAAGUACGCUCGCGUUGUGCAGAAACUGGGCUUUCCUGCCAAGUUCCUGGACUUUAAGAUUCAGAACAUGGUGGGCAGCUGCGACGUGAAGUUCCCCAUCCGGCUGGAGGGAUUGGUGCUCACACACCAGCAGUUCAGCAGCUAUGAGCCGGAGUUGUUUCCAGGGUUGAUCUACAGGAUGAUCAAACCCCGAAUUGUCCUGCUAAUCUUUGUUUCUGGGAAGGUCGUUCUCACAGGAGCCAAGGUGAGAGGAGAGAUCUACGAAGCGUUUGAAAACAUUUACCCCAUCCUGAAAGGUUUCCGUAAAACUACGUAGAACCUGGAGUUAUUUUAUUUCCAAUCUCCCCAACCUGGUUUCUUUUUAUUUUUUUAAGCUGCAUCAAAGUGACUCAUUGAUGUUGAACUCUUUACAUGGACUGAACGGGAUGCUGUACACUGAGAUCUCACCUGAUUUUUAUUUUUUUGUCGUUUUUCAUCCCCAAGGAAUUUUUAAACAAGAUUUUAAGGGCCGUCUUCAUACGUCUUGGUUAAAAUCAUUUUCAUGUUUCCUGUAGUUUCAGGUUUUCAGUGCUUCCUCACAUCCCUGAUUUGUAUAUAGCAUUGUAAGAAAAUGUAAGAUAUUGUUGAUGAAUGGAGAAGCACUCAGAAGAGGCCCGUUCCUGGUUUCAUUUUAAAAUGUUUUAUCCACUUUUCCAUGCUGCGUUUUUAGCUUUUUCUUUGCUCACGUCUGACUUUUUGCUACUUUGUGUUGAAAUCGGCCAGCCUGAUGUUUUAGUCUCCAUCUUUGAAUCCUGAUUUAUGUCUUUAGGUUUGUUCCAACCAAAUGCUGAAGUCAGUUUCUGUAUUUGUAGUUGUAGUAAAAGUGAUUUAAACCAAGUUGUUGGUCCUGCAGCUUCUGGUCCUCUUCAGGUCAAACAGAGGGAUUGUUGUAUUUACAUAGAGAUGUUUUAAUGGUUAAACUGGAGCUAAACAUAUUUUUUUAUAUUCUAAAUACAGAGGAGUGAGUGGCAUCGUAAGGAGGGUACAGAUAAUUCCUGUUUGAUCAAAUAAGGACAACUUGGGACUCAAGGUUUAAAUGUGAAGGAAAAAGGCUGCCGAGCAUAAAUAUGGUGGCAAAAUGUUACAUAUUUAGUAUAUGAAUGUCUAUUUUUGUCCAGUUGAAAGUUUAGUUUAAGGAUUUCCCCAAUGUUGAAGACAUUUAAGUGAAAUUUUGGGUUGUUUUCCUGCUUCAUGCCUGUUUUAAACACAGUUUAACUCUGCAGCCAUCUAAACGUUUUCCUGUCAACAAGCUCAAUGUUUGAUUCAUAGUUUGAUUCAAAGGGUCUGAAUCAGAUUCGUGUUAUUGACUCGUUUUGCAGAACAGAUCAGGAACUGUUUUCAAAUCGUCUAAAGUUGUCAAUGUUCUGCGACAAUAAAAUCUGUACAUACCGUCUCCAGUUAAA